CAUGGAAGAACUAUAGCCUGGUAGCCGACUGACAGCCAUUAAAACUUGCGAAGAGUGUACGAGAAAUACAAACGUGAUGGUAGUUUUUGAAUAAUAAUCAGACAUUUAUCGUAGUGACCAGGGCGACUAUACAACAAAACUGUGACAUUAGUUGUACAAGUGAUACACUCUAUAAUACUAUAACCGAAAAGACUGGGAGCGAUUUGGACAUUUCUCACAGGAUUGAUACAGUUGACUGCGUCAUGAUUAAUACUCUUGACUUCAACUUGUAUAAACCAGUGAUGCCCGAGAAAGCAAAAACAUAAAUAUCAAACAUUCUAACUGAUAACAUGGAUGAUAAACCAAUGCUCACCAAAGACGUUUAAUGAAAUUGCAUGGAUAAUGAUGAGGAUGAAUUAAACGAACCUGUUUUAAAUUAUUUGAGCAGGUCCAAUUCAAACCAAUUAAUAUGCAGCAAGAGAUGGAUCCAUAUGAAACAUCUACUGGUGAUUGUGAAAGUGCAACCUUGUCAAAAUCAAGUGUUGAAAAAACAGCAAAUGUAACUACAAUAAAACAGAAGGGUCAACAUGAAUGUGAUGUCUGUCAUAGAGUAUGUAAACACAAGUCUAAACUUGAACGACAUUAUAGAAUUCAUACUGGAGAGAGAAAUUUUAAAUGUGACGUUUGUUUAAAGACAUUCACCUGUAAAUCUGGCCUAACGAUACAUUCUAAGAUCCAUACUGGAGAGAGAAAUUUUAAAUGUGACGUUUGUUUUAAGACAUUUACACUUAAAUCUGGCCUCGUGACACAUUUUCUGACCCAUACUGGUGAGAGAAAAUUUAAAUGUGAUGGUUGUUACAAGACAUUUAAAUCCAAAUCUAAUCUUGUAAGACAUUUUAACAUACAUACUGGGGAGAGAAAUUUUAAAUGUGACGUUUGUUUAAAGACAUUUACCCGUAAAUCUAGCCUAAUAGCACAUUCUAAGAUCCAUUCUGGAGAGAGAAAUUUUAAAUGUGACGUUUGUUUAAAGACAUUCACCUGUAAAUCUGGCCUAACGAUACAUUCUAAGAUCCAUACUGGAGAGAGAAAUUUUAAAUGUGACGUUUGUUUUAAGACAUUUACACUUAAAUCUGGCCUUGUGACACAUUUUCUGAUCCAUACUGGAGAGAGAAAAUUUAAAUGUAAUGUUUGUGGUAAGGCUUUUACAAAUAACUCUGGCCUAGUAGCACACUCUAAAACUCAUUCUGGAGAGAGAAAUUUCAAAUGUGAUGUAUGCCUGAAGACAUUUAAUCUAAAAUAUCGCCUUACAAAACAUUAUGAGAUCCAUACUGGAAAGAAAAAUUCUAAGGUUCAUACUGGAAAGAGAAAUUUCAAAUGUGACAUUUGUUUAAAGACAUUUACAGAAAAAUCUAUCCUUCUAACACAUUCGCAUAUUCAUACUGGAGAUGGAAAUUAUAAAUGUGAUAUUUGUUUGAAGACAUUUCAUACAAAUUCUUCCCUUGUAAGACAUUCUAUGGUCCAUGGAGAGAAAUAUUUCAAAUGUGAUAUUUGUCUAAUGACUUUCAGUGCCAAAUCUACCCUUCGAAAACAUCAUCAGAUACAUACCGGAGAGAGAAACUUCAAAUGUGACAUCUGUUUAAAGACAUAUACAAAUAAGACAAACCUCGAAUCCCAUUCUAAGAUCCAUACUGGAGAAAGAAAUUUCAAAUGUGGUAUUUGUCUAAAGACAUUCAGGCACAAACCUUCUCUACGUACACAUUCUAACAUACAUACUGGAGAGAGGAGCUUUAAAUGUGAUAUUUGUCUAAAGAUAUUUAACCAAAAGUCUACCCUUGCAACUCAUACUAGGAUCCACACUGGAGAGAGAAAUUUUAAAUGUAACGUUUGUUCAAAGACAUUUACCCAAAAGUCUAGCCUCGUAAAACAUUCUUAUAUCCAUACUGGAGAGGGAAAGUUUAAAUGUGAUACUUGUGAUAAGACAUUUAGCAGAAAUGAUCACCUAGAGAAACAUCAUGCAAGUCAUACUGAAUAGAAGAAUUUCAAAUGUGAUGUUUGUCUGAAUACAUUUAAUCGAAAAUCUAACCUUGCAACACGUUCUAAGAUCCAUACUUGAGAGAGAAUUCCCAAAUGUUACGUAAAAUGCAUUUACUGGCAAGUCUGUCUUGUCUAGAAUGUAACAAUACAGUACACGAUUUCACCAGUAUGUCAAAAUCCGUAUCUCCCUUUAAAAGGCCUACGAAUCUGACCUCUUGUCAAGAUGUCCUAGUUCGUACUUGCGAAUGCAACUAACGGGUGGCGGCUACCACAUGAAUCUACUAUUUUAUGACC